AAUUCGCAAACGUUUGCAACAUUUGUUGUUAAACUGUGUUAAUUUAAGCUAUGAGCAGCAAAAAAUACAGUGAUAUAAAUCUCUACGACCUGCUCGGCGUGUCCAAUGACGCCGAGCAGGCCGAGAUUAGGAAAGCGUAUCGAAAACGUGCGCUAGACUGUCAUCCGGAUAAGAACCCCGAUAAUCCCCAGGCCGUUGAACGUUUUCAUGAGCUGUCCAAGGCGCUGGAAAUACUAACAGAUGCGACAGCCCGGUCCGCCUACGACAAGGUACUCAGGGCCAAAAAGGCGGCUGAGCUUCGCACCAAACAACUGGACAGUAAAAGACAAAAGCUAAAAGAGGAACUGGAGGAAAGAGAACGUGCAGCCCUACAUAAGUUGCAGGCAGGGCAACCGUACAGCACAGUGCGUAAAACCGAUGAGGAGGUGCUGCAGGAGCAGAUCGAACGCUUGCGGCGCGAAGGCUCCAAGUUGCUAGAGGAGGAGCAACAAGCGAUGCGGGAGCAACUGAAACGCAACUACGCCGAGCAACAGAAGCAACGCCAGCAAACGCCAUCCUUUGAUUCCGCCCAACAUCGCAUCAAGAUUAAAUGGAAGUGUGAUAAAGGCGAUGACAGUAACGGCGGCUACACACAAGAGCGUCUUAUGCAGUACCUUAAGAAAUACGGCGAGGUAGUUGCGCUAGUCAUGAACCCAAAAAUUCGCGGACGUGCCAUGGUGGAGCUUAAGACACGAGAAGCCUGCGAUAUGGUGCUGGCCUAUGAGAAAGGUAAUCCUUCAAAUCCCCUGCACUUUCAGUGGGUAAACCCGCCGGCACAAGAUAAAAUAAUAACCCCAACCAAUCAGAGUAAUGCAACUGCAAGAGAUUACGAGGACUUGGUAAUGCGCAAGCUGCGCCAGGCAGAGGAGCGUAAACGUAUAAUUGAACAAAUGAUGAAAGAGGACGGUGAUACAUAACCGCUAGCGUAUUUAAAUAUUUUCAUAAGCUUUAGUAUUUAAUAAUAAAAUCAAGUUGGCAUCUCUGCCAAAAGCUAUAGA